AGCCCACUAUCGCGGGCCCCCAAAGUCCGACUCCAGGAUCCUGUUCAAGUGAACAUGUCAGAGACCUCCACACCACAGGGAGAACCAAGCACAUUGCAACCCCCCUCGGCGCAGCAGCUGAACCGCUCCUGUGAGUCAUGCCGCAGUCUUAAGGUUCGCUGUUUGCCUAGCCCGUCCACCCCUAAUCAGUGCCAGCGAUGUGCGAAGGGAAAACGGGCCUGUGUGUUUGUUCCCCCGCAGAGACGUCGGCCGCGUAAGCGGACGGACUCGCGUGUCGCACAGUUGGAAAAGGAGAUGCGGGUGAUGCGUUCACUGUUGAAGGGUCGGAUCCGAGAGGAGAGUGAGCCCGAGUCUGAGGGCAGUGAGGUUGAUGAGCGGGAAUUCGAGGACGGCGAGAUGAAGACGAUGCGGGAUCAUUCUGCGCAUUCGUCGGAUCAGUUCAUGGAGUAUUCGCCUGAGUUGAUGAGUUCUCAUCCUGGUGAUCGUGUGCUCUUUUCGGGUCCUCCUUCGUUUGCUGGGCUACCGCCCGGCGUUGAGAUGGAGGAGUCUGAGCCUGUGAAAGAUGUGAUCGAUAGGGGUAUUGUCUCGCUGGAGGAUGCCGAGCAGCUGGUGGCAUAUUUUGUCCAUGAGCUUGCUUCUUUCUUUCCGUUGGUCGUUUUGCCCCUGAGCACAACGGCUGCGCAACUGCGACAGACGAAGCCGGUUCUCUUUCUCUCCGUCAUCGCAGCGACGUCGAUAUCCGUCGACGCAGGACUGGCAGCGGUAUUAAAUCGCGAGAUGGUUCGGCUCUACUCCGAGAGAUUCUUCAUCGAAGGCGAGAAAUCACUAGAAUUAGUGCAAGCCCUGCUCCUUAUGAUCAUUUUUUACUUCCCACCAGCGUCGCCCCUGAAACUGCAAUUUUAUCAGUACACGCACAUCGCCUCGACGAUGGCACUUGAGAUCGGACUCGCCAACAAGCGUCGAGUGUCAAAGAAAUCCGAUCGGAAGGGCAGACACGAGCCUCACGAUGAGUUGCUGGCUGAACAGGCCAGAGCCGUUUUGGGCUGCUACCAUCUUGGUUCAACAGUAGCGAUGAAAACCCGUCGACAGAAUCUCCUUCAAUUCAACGACUGGAUGACAGAAUGUGUCAAACAUCUCGAACACUCUCCUCAUCGAACAGAUCAGCAUUUGGCUGUAUGGUUCGAGCUGCAACGUAUAACAGACGAAGCAAUGUCUUCGUUUGGUCUGGACGAUACCAGUGCCACCACACCCUUGACAGAGUCAAGAGUACAAGCCGUGUUGCGAUGGUUCGAUAAGCGAAUGGACACAUGGAAGAAGAAUACCCCUUCAGACAUGCUGACAGUCCCAAUGAUCCUCGAAUAUCGCUCCACAGCCCUAGCAAUGUACGAACUAGGCGUAGGCGAAGGCUACCGCGACCCAGACGCCAUAAAAAGACGUUACUUCACACUCCCAACCCUCGACGACGAACCCGAACACGACCCCGAAUCCUCAGACCCAGACCCAACGACCGCCCCAAUCGAACCAAAUGCCAGCCAACAAACCGGCGACACAAACAGCCUGAGCGCAAUCCGCAUCGAUAUAAACAUUAAAUGGAUGAACGCGGCACAGGAGAUGCUAGACACAGUUCUAGCAUGCAGCAUAGACACGAUGCGGAAAUUGCCCAAUUUGAUGUACACACGGCUAGCAACAGCCGUAACGGCCCUGCUAAAGAUUCAUUUCUCCGUGCGGACAGGAGCACUCGGCGAAGUCGUCACCCCGGAGACAGUGAACGUGGCAUAUUAUCUCGAAGCCAUCGCAGCGAAACUCGGCGAAGCAGGCGGCGGAGGGAAAUUCAAGAUUCCCAGCCGGUGGUACCAAGUCGUCGGCGUCAGAGGACGGGAUUGGUACGACCGACUAGAAAGACGGUAUAGCGGGUAUCCAUCCGGAGCAGGAGUUGGAGUUGGGGUUGGAGUGAUGAGCGUUAGUCCAUCGACAGGAACCGGAACCGGAACAGGGACAGCAGAGCAGAUGGGCAUAUCUGCACAAACACCCGGUCUUGGACCGUCUUCCCACCACAGUACCGGGACACCGUCUUCGCAUCAUUCCCACACCCAUCUGACCGUGAAUCCCAACCCCAAUCCCAAUUCCCAGCCAGGAAUGGAUCCAUACCCGAUCUCAGCGGCCGUCAGUCCAAUCCCUCGCCACGCCGGAAUAGAAGGCGGUUAUGUAGCAAUGGGCAGCGGGCCGCAUAUGUGGCCCGGACCGGGUCCUAGUCCGAUGGAUGCUCAGAAUCCAGGGCCACACUUCUUUCACUCUCUUCCGCCGGGAUAUCAGGCUCCGCCUGCACAUUCGCAUCCGGCUAUGCAGGCGCAGUUUGCGUACGAGGCUCAGCAGCGUAUGCAGCCUCCGGGACAUGUCCAGGCUCAUGGACAUGGACAUUCUCAGGCCCAAGGUCCACCUCAGGGUCCCCGGAUGCAUGGGACGGGUAUGGAGCUUGAUGGGUGGUUACCCGAUGGGAGUAUCUUCGGGAUGCCGCCUUUGCCUGAGUUUUGA